AUGAGCGGUAUAUCAUCAGUGCUGGACAAGGGAAGCAUUCUACCAGUUGUUAGAGUUUGUUUCAGAGCACCAAACGGUCGAACACGCGAAGGAAAUGUCCUCAUCGACAGCGGCGCAGGUACCACGGUAAUUCGAAAGGAUUUUGCUCGAUCACUUGGUCUGCAAGGCAAACGAGAAAAAAUUGAUCUAGCUGUUGUUGGAGGAGAAAGAGUUGAACAACCCCAAAGCAGAAGAGUGACCUUCUCAAUCUCAGCACUCAACGGAGCAGAAGAGCACAGAAUAGAAGCCCACGAGAUCGAGAAAACCGUUUUAAGUGUCCCACGUUUGGAUCGUCCGUGGUUGAAAUCAUUUGCACACCUUCGAGACAUCGACUUCUCGCAUAAAGCUGGUCCAAUUGAUCUUAUAUUAGGCGUCCAGUUCAGUCAUUUGCACGCAGAAGAUGAAGUACGUCAAGGCCGUCAAUUUGAGCCUGUUGGGAAAAGAACGAAGCUAGGAUGGUUUGUCAUCGGUUCUGAUAGUUCACAGAAAACGUCCAAAGUAUGUUCAAUAAGUUUUGUCCAACCCGUCAACCUAGAGAAAUUCUACGAGUUUGAAACCCUCGGGAUCCAAGCCCCCCAAUGUCAUUGUCCACAGAUAGCUAUGUCACCUGACGACAGAAGAGCCAUCGAGUUAAUGGAGAACUCCUGUAAGCAGCAAGGAGGGAGAUAUAUCAUUGGACUUCCUUGGAAGAAAGAUAAAAAUCUUUUGCCUAACAAUUAUUCACUCGCUGAGAAAAGAUUGUUUUCGCUGGAAAGAAGCCUGAAAAGAAACGAUGUUAAGGCUAGUCUGUACAACCAAGUCAUGAAUGAGUACGAAAGAAACGGUUGGUCGCGUCAGUUGUCACAAGAAGAAGUAGAAGCCAAAGAUAAACCAAUAUAUUACCUGCCUCAUCACGGAGUUUAUCGACCCGAGAAGAAAAGUACGCCCUUGAGAGUAGUAUUCGACCCUGCCUGCCAAUAUCAAGGAGUAUCAUUGAAUUCGUUUCUCUACAAAGGUCCUUGUCUUAUUGGAAAUCUACUUGGAGUGUUAUUGCGCUUUAGAGAAGAUCUUGUUGGCCUCGUUGGCGAUAUAUCGAAGAUGUAUUUGCAGAUUUGCCUGCCCGAAGAAGACACGCUUGUCCACCGAUACUUAUGGAGAGAUUUAGAUGAAAGUCGAGACCCAACAGUUUACGCACUCCAAAGAGUCACAUUCGGAGAUAAACCAUCGCCGGACAUGGCAAGUUACGUUAUGAUCAAGAUCGCGAAUGAAAAUGAGUCCCAAUGUCCUCGAGCUGCCGUGAUUCUCAAACGUGAUCGCUACAUGGAUGAUCUUAUUCAUUCGACAAGCACGCAGGAAGAAGCAGAAAAAUCCAAAGGCGAAGUCGACGACGUGUUAGCUACGGGGAGUUUUAAGAUAAAGGAAUGGUUUGUUUCGUCGCCCGUUCAAGAAAUGCAAGCUGAGAACGUUUCCAGUCCUGAAGAAGAAAAUCCUGAUUUCAAAGAUAACGUGAUAGGUGUAAAUAGUGAAUGUACAACGACAAAGAAUAUCAACCUAGACGGCGAAGAAGGAAUCAAAACCUUAGGAGUCAAUUGGAAUCCACAGACCGACAAAUUCAGUUUCUCAGUAAAGGAAAUAAAGAUAGAAACGUUAACGAAGAGAACAGUUCUGUCAAGGAUUUCACGUUUGUUUGAUCCACUUGGAUUGGCUUCUGUAGUAACUAUCAAAGCAAGA